UCCGUGCUGCCGUGCUGGGUGCGCCAUAUUGACUGCCUUUACAUGGGGAGUGGAGUUGGACGAGCCGCUUGAAAACCCGAACCACUUUCUGGACGCGUGAGCUCUGCAAUGACAACGAGCCCAUCGGCGCCGUAGGAUUCAUUACAUUUUCUUGUGUGCAAAGUCGUUAAUUCGCCCCGCAGCCGCCCCCCCCCCCUCCCCGUUAAGACCGUUUCUGCACUAACUCGAGUCCAAAUGGAUCCCAGGACCGCUUGGAUCCAGCCGGAGCAGAAGGGACCUGCCAAUUCCCUGUGGAUGCACAUUUGGGAGACCUCUCAGGGAUUUGGAGCCAAGUCCGGCGUCGACAGCCGCCUUCACCGGCAGCGCAACUUCGCGCCGCACAACGUCAACUCCACCGAGUCCGGCGGCGAGUAUUGCAAAAAUGUAGCGUUGCCGACCGGGUGCGCGUUUGGCAAAGUGUCGAAGCGAGACGGCGGCGGAGGGAGGGGACGUGUCCGGAGGAAGGGCUCCUUGUCGCCGUCCUCCUCCUCGCUGGACUCGGAGGCCGAGGGCUCCUCGCCCUCCGGCUCCUCUCUGCAGAUCGAUAAUUUGAACGUCGCAGAGGAGGCCAGUCGCUUUUUGCACUACGGCGAGCUCGAGUUGAACGAGAACAAUCUCCGACGUCAGUAUCCUCCCACUCCUCCUCCUCCUCCUCUUCCUCCCCUUACUCCUCCUGCGCCGCCUCACGCCGUCCAGCCACACUGUCGCAGCAUGCCUCAUCCCGGCGGCCACACCCCCGCCGGGAUGAGGCAUCCGCACGGGAGCAAACACCACCACCAGCACCACCAGCAGCACCACCAGCAGCAGUCCGGUCGCAGGAGGCAUCUGGACCGGGCCAACACUUUCCACGGCGUCGUCCACCCGCUCCUCCCCCACGGCGUGGACUCCUGUUGCAGCCUGUGGAAAACCCGGCGCUACAGCCCCGGCAUCAAUGGUCUUCAUGAAGAGAUUGUGGACUUCUUCAACUUCAUGUCCCCGCGACCGGAGGAGGAGGCCAUGAGGCGAGCUGUCGUGAACCGAAUAGAAAGUGUCAUCAAGGACAUGUGGCCCACAGCACGGGUGGAGAUAUUUGGCAGCUUCAGCACGGGGCUCUAUCUUCCUUCAAGUGACAUUGACCUGGUGGUGUUUGGAAAGUGGGACCACCCCCCGCUGCAGGAACUGGAACGAGCCCUGCGGAAACGCAACGUGGCCGGGCCGUAUCCCAUUAAGGUCCUGGACAAAGCCACAGUGCCCAUCAUCAAGCUCACGGACCAUGAAACCGAGGUGAAAGUGGACAUCAGCUUCAACGUAGAGACGGCUGUUAAAGCUGCGCAGUUCAUCAAAAGCUAUCUUAAGAAGUACACGGUUCUGCCGCCCCUGAUCUUCGUCCUGAAGCAGUUCCUACUGCAGAGAGAUCUCAAUGAAGUCUUCACUGGAGGGAUCAGCUCUUACAGCCUUAUUCUAAUGGCUAUCAGCUUCCUGCAGUUACACCCUCGAAUCGACACGCGGCGGGCCAACAUCAACCUCGGCAUCCUGCUGAUCGAGUUCUUUGAGCUGUACGGCCGCGACUUCAAUUACAUGAAAACCGGCAUCAGGGUGAAAAAUGGAGGGGCUUACGCGUCGAAGGAGGAAAUGCUCAAAGCCAUCGGGAGUGAGAACCGGCCAUCCAUGCUCUGCAUAGAAGACCCAAUACAGCCAGGGAACGAUGUGGGCCGGAGCUCGUACGGUGUUUUGCAGGUCAAGCAGGUGUUUGACUUUGCCUACAUGGUGCUGAGUCACGGCGUGUCUCCUUUAGCGCGCGCCUACCCCAACAAGGAGUAUGACAGUACUUUAGGACGCAUCAUCAAAGUCAGCCCGGAGGUGUUGGCCUACAGGGAUUGGACAAUUAAGAAGUGGGGAGCCAAGCAGUAUGCCAAGCUGGAGAACCACGAUGUGGAGACCUGUGAGCGGGACCUCGCCAGGCUGAUGCUGGUUUCUGUGGAGGAUCAGAGGGACUCGUCCUCCCCGCUCAGUGCUGACUCCUCUUCUCCGGUCUUCCUCCCAAGCCCUCAACAUCAUUCAUCGUCAUCUUCUGCAUGCUCCAUUUCCUCCUCGUCCGGAAGUGACAUAGAGUCUGAUUCUCCUCCGUGCAGUGGUACUGCCAUCCAACUCCACCCCCUCACGCUGUCCUCGGUCCAAUCAGUAAUCCAGAUGGCAACUGACCAGAGGGCCACUCAUCCAGCAGGCUGCAUCCACACCAUGCCGCAAGCCCAGACGUCACUCCCAGAAAUUCUCCCCGUCCCUUCGCUCGCCGAUUGCCAGUUCUACCAUGAGAACCCACCUUUAAUCGGUGUUGUGCAUCGGCACCUGUCCCAAGCUGCCCACAUCUCCCAGCACACCGACGCCACAAGUCCUCUAUCCAGCCCCCUCCACCAGCUGCACCACCCUCAGAUGGGAGGGCAUCACAGCCACACGUACGCCAUGAGAUCCAAUUCCCACGGCUCACUUGAGCUGCACAAAGUUGGCUUAAAGCACAACCAAGGUGGAAGCCUCCAAGGUCCAAACCCCUCUCUCGGUAACUUCAGCCCCCAGCGGCGGUAUGUUCCCGAGGGUCCUAACACGGCGCCGGCUUUCAGGACCCAGCAGCAGUACAACCGGAACACCUGGCGGCGCAGGAAGAGGGACAAUCUUACGGUCUCUAACCAGAGCAGAUGAAGGACCUGUAGGACUUCACUGGCCAUGUGGGUAUUUAUUUAUUUUUCUAUUGAGGCCUAAACUGGUCUUGGAGCUGUGAUGCAUUCAUGACCCCCCCCCCCCCCACUGUUUUCGUUGGAGGUUCUCAAAAUCACGCAAGGUGUCGAGUGAUAUCUGCCAGCUCUUGCGCAAGCACUUGGUGAUGCUGCAGGGCUCUCAGAUGAAGGAAGACUAUCGAAGGCCUAGGGUCUAAACAUCGGUCUGAUGCUAGACGCAGCCCCUUUCCCUAAAUCCCAUGGACACCAGCACAGGCUUUGAGUUGGAUUACUGAUUCCCACACUGGGGCUUCCUCUUUCCAGCCGCUGUUUGGUCAAGUAUUGAGUCUCCAUGCAACUUGUAAGCCGUCCUUAUAAAGGCGACGUAUUGUGCCAUAGUAGUGAACUGACUAUCAGACCGGGUUAGUUUGCCCUCCUAUUGGGCCUUUUGAGGUUUUGGGCCCACCUGGUCUUCUGAAUGCCACUCCUUAUUGGCUACAGUUAUGAUUCUGAGUUCUUAAAGCUUGGACUUUCCUCUACAAAUUGUACUAUGGAACCGGAGCAAAGCACUACCUUUUUACCUAUGCAGCACAGCGCUGACUUGAUGGUUUUUGGUGUGAUGACACAAAACUGAACUUGUCUCAAGUGCUUAAACUGUGAUGACUUUUCUGAAUGUACCAAAUGUUUGUUUGUUGGUUGUGUGUCUUCUUUUUGUCACUAAGGGCUUUUUCUCUUCACAUCGGCACUAUUAUGUAUGUUUUUGUACUGUAAACAUUGACACCUUAUUUUAUGUUUUUGUUCAUGUGCAGUAAUUGCUUUUAUUUAAUUUAUGACACAUUGUAGUUUUAUUUUAGUGGUCUUUCCCACUAUACGUUUUUUUUUUUUUUUAAUUUCACAAGACUGAUCCGUGCAAUAGAUGGAUUUGAGGGCCGUGAGUGGUACGCGUGUAUGCACAGCUUUCCAGUGGGAGGGGCGCUAUGGGGAAGUGACAAAUGUGCCAAAAAUGAUUUACCUUAGCCAGUCGCCUGGCUAAAUGUUUCAUCACCACUGCUCAUAUUCAUCAUAUUUUCAGUAGUUAGACUUUUAUUUGGGUGCAUUUCCUCUCGAUAGGAUGUACUGUGCUGGCGAAAUGCACCUUUUUUUUUUUUUUUUUUUUAGCAGUCUUUACUCGUGUCAUUUAACAAACAAUUGGUGCUACUUAUUACCAGCAAAGUGCAUUUUCUGCCUUAUAGCUCCUUUUUGAUUCUGUUAAAGCAGGUUUACUGCCUUCUGAAAUGACCAAAUUGGCCCCUUUUUCCCUUUGUCCGUAGUCAUAGUCUUGUUAUUUGUUUCAAUAAGCACUGCCGGGUUUACCUGGCUUUUAUUUAACAACCAGCUUGUGGUUGUGCGUUCCAGGAAUAGAUUAGAAUGCUUGUUAACAUUACCAUUCUUUCACAUUGAGUUUUUUUUAUUUUUUUAAUUCAAGGGUCAUAAUUAUAAAAGGCUAGAGGUCUUUCCCCUCCCAUAUUUAUAGUCUGCAUUUCUACAUCUUGUAAGACAAGGUUGGAAAGGCAUAAUUUACACUGCAAUCCAUAAGGGGACCGAAAUCUGGGAUAUCGCAGAUUUAUCCAUUACUGGAGUUUUUGGUGGAGCCACAACUGAUUUUAUUAGGUCCGAUUAUAGUGAUUUCCUCGACAUGAUACUGUUGGCAUUAUAUCCUGGUUUUCAAUGCCGCCUUUUUCAUGCUCUCUAGAGAAAUAUUGCAGGAAUCCAAAUCCCCAACUCAAAUGUUUGCAAUUAUGGAUUGUUUGUGUGUAAAUGACUGACGUAUAGCUCUACACCUGGUUUGCUUUUUUUUAUCUAAGUUUUUCUAUUUUUUUUAAUAAACAUUUUAAAACUC